AUGCGGUCCGCCAUUGCGGCCUCCGACCUCUCCACGAACCUGAGCGACACGGACGACUGCCCCCAGGUCGCCCCCGAACUCCUCCACAAUCUCAAGCACGACAGCUCCGUUCUCGCCCUCGCCGUCAGCUCCGAAAACGAUCGCAUAUACGCCGGCACCCAGGAUGGUGAGAUCGUCGUGUGGUCGCUGGCCACCUUCCACCAGGAGCGCAUCGUCCAGGCGCACAAGAACAGCGUGCUGAGCCUGUUCCUCACCCCCGACGGCUCAAUGCUGUUCUCGAGCGCCGGAGACCCUCUCAUCAACGUCUGGUGCCCCAAGACGAUGAAGCGGCUGUACGAGAUUUAUAGCACCUACGACGUUGGCGACAUCUUUUCCGUGGCCUAUAGCGCCCAGCACGAGACGGUGUACGUUGGCGCGCAAAACACCUCGAUACAAUGGGUCAGCCUCACCGAUCCGAAUAACCGUACCGCCCACGACUCUGCACAACAUCCCGACCGUCGGAAUCAUAGGUUCUUCGACUCGCGAGCUGUAGGAGGCACCACGACGCCACGCCGUAACGAUGAGAGGUGGACUUUGAUCCCGCGAUCUGAAAAGGUGGUGGAAAUUCAUCCGGGGGCUCUACAGAUGUUUGCCCACUAUGGCUAUGUCUACUCGAUGCUCAUGGCCAAGGGCCCGACGGUGCUUGUGGAGCCUGACGAGGAGGUGCUCAUCUCGGGCGGCGGAGACGGUACCAUCAAGUUGUGGAAGCUUGGCGCUGAAGGGGAUGAUCAGGCGGCUGAAAACGACCGCGAACCCGGCCUUCAAGAACUGAUGUCACUUGGCGCCGACGAUGCGGAAUCAGUCAUGUCUCUUGCGAUUGACGGGUCUUUCCUGUAUGCUGGCAAGCUACAGGGAGUUAUCGAGCUGUGGGACUUGGACACCAAAUCCAAGUUGCGAGUGAUUAAGGGUCACAGGGGCGAUGUGAUGACACUACAGAUGGGUUGGGGCUAUCUAUUAAGUGCCUCUCGCUCUGGUUCUUCGAGUAAACACACCACUGCCCACUACGGCAAGUACCAAGACAAGCAGGUCGCGAAUAUUAGCCAAAAGUACCAGUGCGUGGCGCGCUGGAAGGCCCAUGAGGGCAAGGUCCUGUCAUCAGCAGUAACAACAUACAAUAACAGACAGUACUACAUCACCGGCGCCAACGACAAUGAUGUUGCCAUCUGGCACAUUGACUGCUCACAGUACGAGGAUCAACAAAGGGAGGUGGAGGAAGCCAACGAUGUCAUGAUCAAGACUCUUGGAGAGUUUGUGUCCUACCGGACAGUGUCAUCACGCCCAGAAUUCGCAGAGGAUUGCCGAAGAGGUGCAACGUUUCUCGGAUCCUUGUUCAAGAGGCUUGGCGGUCAUGUCGAGAUGCUGAGCACGGAAAGCAGUCCCCAUAACCCCGUUGUCCUCGCCAAGUUUGACGGCGUUUUGGAGCCGGCUGAGAAGCGGAAGAAGAUUCUGUUUUACGGUCACUACGAUGUUGUCCCGGCAGAUACCAAGAAGGGCAAGUGGGAGACGGACCCGUUCCAGAUGAAGGGUGUCAACGGAUAUCUCUACGGCAGAGGUGUCAGUGACAACAAGGGCCCGAUCAUGGCUGCGUUGUUCGCUGUAACGGACUUGCUGCAAACCAAGAAGCUUGCCAACGACGUGAUCUUUUUGAUCGAAGGAGAGGAAGAAUCGGCUUCUCGCGGGUUCAGGGAGAUUGUUCGCAAGAACAAGGACCUUAUCGGCGACGUCGACUACAUCCUGCUUGCCAACAGUUACUGGCUCGACGAUGAGGUCCCCUGCCUGACCUACGGUCUGCGCGGUGUCCUUCACGCCACUGUCUGCAUCGACUCACAUUUGCCCGACCAGCAUUCUGGUGUAGACGGCUCCUACAUGAACGACGAACCCCUGUCGGACCUUACUUCCACGCUGUCAAAGCUAAAGGGCCCCGGCAACAAGGUGCUCAUCCCCGGCUUCUACGACGACAUCCUCCCGGUCACGGCCGAGGAGGAGACGCGCUACGAUGACAUUGCGUCAACGCUCAUGCGCCAGAACCCAGAAAAGGGGCCCGCCGACAAGCUCAAGGCGGCGCUGAUGGCGCGCUGGAGGGAACCCAACUUGACGAUCCACCGGUAUAAGGUAUCAGGACCGGACGGCAGCCUGGUCAGCAGCCACGCGAGUGCUAACAUCAGCUUGCGUCUGGUGCCGGGCCAGGAGGUCAACGACGUCAUCGCCUCGCUGGGCUCGUACCUCGAGAGCGAGUUCGCGCACCUCGAGUCCAAGAACUCGCUGACCAUCAAGAUUGACAACAAAGCCGAGCCGUGGCUGGGUGAUCCCACGAACGCCAUUUUUCAGACGCUCGAGGAGGCCAUCAUGCAGUCGUGGUCGUCCGUGUUCGAGGGCGGAGAGACCGCGGGCGGCAGUGCCGGGGCAGAGCCGGUCGAGACGACGGACACGAAUACGCAGAAGCCCAAGAAGCCCCUGUACAUUCGCGAGGGCGGCUCUAUUCCCGCGAUCCGUUUCCUCGAAAAGGAAUUUGGCGCACCGGCCGCGCAUCUGCCUUGCGGACAGUCCUCGGAUUCAGCGCACUUGGACAAUGAGAGGUUGAGAGUCCUGAACCUCCUCAAGAGCCGGGAAAUCAUCGGGUCCGUGUUUGCUCGUUUGUAG